GGUGCGUCCUAUAGGGUGAAAAAUACGGUAAGUUCUUAACCCAGGGUACUGUAUAGGCGUUGUAUAUGCAAUAUAACAUUGUGCCGCCAGGUGGCGCUGUGGUCUAAACCACUGAGCAACUCUUGGGCUUGCCGAUCAGAGGCCGGCGGUUUGAAUCCCCACGACGGAGUGAGCUCCUGUUGCUCUGUCCCAGCUCCUGCCAACCUAGCAGUUCAAAAGCAUGCCAGUGCAAGUAGAUAAAGAGGUAUCGCUGUGGUGGGAAGGUAAAUGGCGUUUCCAUGCGCACUGGAACUUGUCACGGUCCUCCAUGCGCCAGUCCUGCUGGCCACAAGAACCAGAAAGCUGUCUCUGGACAAACCCUGGCUCCCUCAGCCUGAAAGUAAGAUGAGUGCUGCAACUCCAUACAGUGGUACCUCUCGUUACAAACUUAAUUUGUUCCGGAGGUCCGUUCUUAACCUGAAACUGUGCUUAACCUGAGGUACCACGAUUUCUGUUCUCAUCCUGAAGCAAAGUUCUUAACCCGAGGUACUAUUUCUGGGUUAGCAGAGUCUGUAACCUGAAGCAUCUGUAACCCGAGGUACCACUGUAGACACCUUUGACUGGACUUAACCCUCCAGGGGUCCUUUACCUUUUUAACCUAUAACAUUGUGCCACCAGAUGGCGCUGUGGAGUCCCAUUUUUCUCCACCUGUUUUCCCUGUUUAAAUCUACGACACGUUUAAUUGAAACAUUUCUUUGAUGCAUCUAGAUCCAGCCUAAGUAUCCCUUUGAUGAAAACGUUGAGAACUAGAAUCUUACUUAAGGGAUGGGCCAUUGCUGAGUGGUAGGGCGUCUGCUUUUCAUGCAGAAGGUUCCCGCUUCAAUCCCUGGCAUUUCUGAUGCGAGAGGCUGAAACUCUGGACAGUCACUGCCACUUGGGGUGGACAAUGCUGUGCCAGAUGGAGCAUUAGUCUAAUGUGGUAUAAAGUAGUUCCUAUGUUGCAGCACUGGAACAUGAGUAACGCAGGGCACGCACCAUCGUUUGGAAAUUUAAUUAGCUGCCCUUUGACAAUUAUCAGUACAGACUAAUGCAAAUUAAGCCGGAUCAGGAUUGCUGGGCUGUGAUCUAUUGUAUCAUGGAAGCUUUCCUUCUCAUUUUGAAAUGCAAAUCCCAGAAAUGAGGACUGAGUUGGAGGAAGUUAAAUGUUUUAUUAGAUACUACAACAAACAACCAAAAUGGAAAAUUAAUAUGCUUGUUUCCAUUAUUGCAAAGGUUUCUUGAACAAUUGUUUGUUGGAGAAGGUUAUUGUGGAUAUUGGUUCUAUCUGUUUGCAUCCAACAAAUUAUUUGCUUCCCUUGUUUUCUCACAUUUGCAUAUACAGAAAACAAAUAAUAAUUACGACUCCUGCAAAAGUGGUUAAACUAUCCCUCUUACCAUAGAACUCUGGGAGCAGUAGUUCUCUAGGGGGGCAUCAUGGUCUCCUAACAGCUCUCAUCAGCCUUUAAAAAACUGCAGUUCCCAUGAUUCUCUGGGCAAAGCCAUGGCUAUUUAAAGUGGUAUGAUACUACUUUGAUGGUCUGGUAUGGUCGUGGCCUUAGUCAUUCCCCCACCUCCCCAAUUUUCCUCUCAUAAUCGGACACCCUAAACUGUAGUUUACUUAACUUGUGCAUAAAUCGGCACCACCUGGAAAUAUUCAUUCAGGGACCUUAAAGUAAGAAAUGAACUGAGGGUUGAGCCCAAAAUGAAAUAACUUUUUACAUAGGGGCAUCCAUUUCGGAAAUGUCCUGAAAUGUCUAUGCAGCAACCUAAAAUUUAAAUAUGACCUUGGAGUCAAGCCAAAAUCAAAACAAAUAUGUACUUGCACUUCGGACCCCUAAACCAAGAGACUUCCCAGUCCACAAUUCAUUAGCAAACCAGCCGUGGUGCUUUUAAGAAGAUGGCACUCAGCUUCUUCACCCUUGCUGCCUGUCUCCUAGGAUGCCUCUUCUACGCUGAAUGUGAAGGUUAGUUCAUUUUAAAGCUAUGUGGCCGCCUGUGCUUCUUCUGACUUGAAAUGAGAGAGGAGCUCUGGCAUCGGAUAGGGGACAAAACAUUUACAAGCAGCAUGAAAUCUUUAAAAUCCUAGCUUCUAAAGAAAACUCAGCCGCCAGAGGAGUAUCAUGCAGGACCCAACUUUCAUUAACAGCUAGAGCAGGGGUCAGCAAGCAAAGGCACAGGGGCCAGAUGCACCCUACCGGGCUCGUUAAUCCAGCCCACAAACCUGGCAGACCCUGCCGCCCAUUCGGUUAGUCCCCGCGCUAAACUGGCACUGCGCGGAGACCGACUUUCGCGACGCUGGCGCAGCUUCGGAUUGGCUAAAGGAAGCUCCACAGAGCCUAGGACUUGCCGAUCAGAAGGUCGGCGGUUCAAAUCCUUGCGACGAGGUGAGCUCCCGUUGUUCAGUCCCUGCUCCUGCCAACCUAGCAAUUUGAAAGCACAUCAAAGUGCAAAUAGAUAAAUAAAUACUGCUCUGGCGGGAAGGUAAACAGCGUUUCCGUGCGCUGCUCUGGUUUCGCCAGAAGCGGCUUAGUCAUGCUGGCCACAUGACCCGGAAGCUGUACGCCGGCUCCCUCAGCCAGUAAAGCGAGAUGAGCACCGCAACCCCAGAGUCGGCCACGACUGGACCUAAUGGUCAGGGGUCCCUUUACCUUUACCUAAUGGACACAAUGGCAGCAAUCUCUCCCAGAUAGCCACACCUCUGGUGAAUUCAUGGCAGCUUCUGUGGCAGCAGAACUCCCCACCCCCACCCCUUCCCGAUGACCUGAUAAGAGUUGAAAUAAUUUUUUAAAAUGUCCACUAGCACCUUAAGAGACCAACUAAGUUUGUUCUGGGUAUAAGCUUUCGUGUGCAUGCACACAAACAUGCUACUGGACAAUUUAUUUAUUUGUUUAUUUAUUUAUUUCGACUGCGUCAGACCAACACAGCUACCCAACUGAAUCUGAUAAGACUUGGGCAGUCUCGCACAAUCUCAACCCCCUUCGAUAGCACAGAACAGGGAUUGAAGUUGUUAUCUGUACACAUUUCAUCAGAAGUAACUCCCACUCUGCUGCAUAGGGUUUCUUCCCAGGUCCGAAGAACAGAUAUUUCUAAUCUAAUGUGGUCUUUGUCUCUGUUAGAGUACGGAUUUAAAAUUGACCCACUUGCAGGGCGGAUAUGCAAGGAAGAAGGAAGCAGCUCCAUUAAACUUGACGUCAUAGAUAAGGUGUAGACUAAUAAUAAUGAAGAACAAUGAACUCUGACAGCCAAUGUAGUCUAGCGUCAGAUUAGGACCUGGGAGACCAGGCUUCCAAUCCCAACUCUGCCAGGAAGUCCAGUUUGUGACCCUGGGCCUAUCACUGCCUAUCAGCCUUACCCACCUCACAGGGUUGUUUUUGGGAUUAAAUGAGGAGGAGGAGGAGGAAGAAAACCAUGUACACCAGCCUGAGCUCCUUGGAGGAAAGAAGGGACCAUGAGGGUCAUCUAGUCCAACCCCUGCAAUGCAGGAAUCUUUUGCCCAACGUGGAGCUCAAACCCACAACCCUGAGAUUAAGAGUCUUAUGCUCCAUUGCCUGAGCUACCCCAGGAGACAUUGCCAUCAAUCAAUAAAAUAAUUUUGAUGUUGGAGUAUGAAGCCAAAUGGGUAUUUUUAUUUUUUAAAGGAACAUCUGCAGAGAGUUCUCAUUAAAUCAGCCUUCAUAAUAUCAGCUUGUUGCCCCCCCCCCCCGAUGAUUUGGACUGCAACUCCCCUCCCAUGCUAGCUGGGGCUGAUGGGGAUUGUAGUUCAAAACAUCUGGGCAGCGCCGGAGGUUGAGAAAGGCUUUGAUCAAAUGGAUAUUUUGUGUGGGUUAAAAAAUUGGGAUCACCUUAAAAUAUUGGGUUCCACGAGGUGCAUUGGAACCUGUCUUAUACAGAAUCAGACCAUAGGUCCAUUUAGCAACAGCUCUCCAGGGUUUAAGACAGGGGGUUCUCCGUUCUACCUGGAAUUACAUUGACAUCAAAAUGUCAACCCGUCUUUCCCCUCUAUUUUCCCUUUCUGGAGUAAAUCUGGUAAAUUAAAACAAGAUUUGAAAAACCCUUGUUGUCAGCAACCCAUUUGCAUCAGAAAGGUCCCUUGGGACAGAUUAAAAAAAUGCAAGAGUAGCCUUGUUUUUGAUGAGGAGAGUUGAGCGCCUGUUCGCUGCAGUCAGCAGGACUAAAGAGCAUAUAACUGGCUCUACAGAGUGUGCUUCCGUUUUGGCAAAUAUGCCAUGGGUGGCAAUCGGAAGUUUAAUUAUUACCUUAAGUCAGAGCAUGGGGUAAAAAAUGGACCCCAAAAGACAUGGUCAGUCUGACUUCAGCUUCGCCUCUGUCCUUGGAUUACUCCAGGUCUGCGUUUUAUAAUCUUGGCAUUUGUUGCUCAUGAGAUGUAGCAUAAUGUAAGAUUUACAUUUUACACGAUGCAUUUCAGUAGUACAAAACUCACAACUUUAUUCUGCACUUGGGUUAAUAUCUGCAGGACAAUCUUAUCUUGGUGGAAGAGCAAAUGGUUUAAUUUAGAGGAACAGCUGCAGCCCAGAGGUAGAGCACCUGCUUUGCAUGCAGAAGGCCCCAUGAUCAGUCUCUGGGAUCUCUGGGUAGGGCUGGAAAAAGACUUCUGCAUGAACCACAGAGGGAUAAUAACAGCACCUGUAGACAAUGUUGUGAAUAUGUAUGUGAAUAGGUAUCAAACUUUAUUUCGAUCAUAGACCAGCAUAAGAUAAAACAUAUGGAUAAACUGAACACGUAAGACUUAAAACAGGUAAAAACUUGUAAUUAAGAUGUGAUUAUAUCAUACAUGGGACAUGGGUGGCGCUGUGGGUUAAACCACAGAGCCUAGGACUUGCCAAUCAGAAGGUCGGCGGUUCGAAUCCCUGUGACGGGGUGAGCUCCCGUUGCUCGGUCCCUGCUCCUGCCAACCUAGCAGUUCGAAAGCACAUCAAGUGCAAGUAGAUACUGUAUUUUUCACUCUAUAACACGCACCCGACCAUAACACGCACGUAGUUUUUAGAGGAGGAAAAUCCGUAGGCAUGCCACCCGUAGGCAUUUCCUCCAUAACACGCACAGACAUUUCCCCUUACUUUCUAGGAGGAAAAAAGUGAGUGUUAUGGUGCAAAAAAUACGGUAAAUAGGUACCACUCCGGUGGGAGGUAAACGGCGUUUCCGUGCGCUGCUCUGGUUCGCCAGAAGCGGCUUAGUCAUGCUGGCCACAUGACCCGGAAGCUGUACACCGGCUCCCUCGGCCAGUAAAGCGAGAAGAGAGCCGCAACCCCAGAGUCAGCCACAACUCGACCGAAUGGUCAGGGGUCCCUUUACCUUUAUCUCAUACAUACUUUAAAAGAUAGAAACAAGGACAAACAGUUAAAUGCAAGUAUAAGGGAGAGAGCGUGAAGGAGCACAGGUCUUGCAUUUGGGGUCUAGUUUGUGGCACAAACAAUCCUAGUUUCCCUUCAGAAUGUAUAAUCUUUCGGGGGCCACUAGGGGGCGUAUUGGAAGAUGGCCGACAAUACCAUCUCUCUGACCCACACGGGGUAAUUAAGAGGCUGUUAUGGGAGUAGGCAGCCUCCCUUGUUGCCCCAAGGAAAUGGGGAACACUGCCCUUGCCUGCUGUGCCCAUAAAUCACCCCCUAAUUCGAAAGAAGGGGGUGAGGGCCCUAAGCAGAAUGCCCUCGUGUGGACAUCGGCUCUCCUGGACGCUGUCUCUGAUCGCGCACUAGUUGCAGCAAUUUGGAAUAAUUAAUUACAAAAGAAGCAAAUGCACAUAUUUCAAGUGAAGAAGGGGAGUGAAGUCUACUAAUUUAAGUGACCUCUGCGAAAGAAGACGACGGGCUGGAGAAACAGGAAUAUUUUACGAUGAAAAUACACCAAAGGCGGGGUAUGUCAGCAACGGGACUGAAUGGGGGGGGGACCUUUUUUACUUUCCUUCUAUGUGAUUUACAAGAACCCCUCCUCAUUAGAACCGUCGGUUGAACUGACCCAAGCAGGAUGAUUAAGGUCUGUGUGGAGAUAAACUUUAACCAAAAGUAUGCUUUAUGGAGAUCGAGAAGCAAUAAGAGCUUUUGGGAAUGGCGCAGCAAUUAAUUCGGAGUCGCCAUCUUGCCAAAGGAUUUAUAGCCGGGAGGAAGAACGGAUUUGUUUUCAGACUGCAUUCCUAGUGAAUCUCCUCAGAGGUUUUGAGAAAGGAGGCAGAUUGGUGAAGAUUAAUGACGCUAAGACUGUUUUGAUGUAUGGAAGUGAUGUUAUAUGGAAAACGUCUGGAUAUGGCUACUGGAUAAAAAUAAUAUCCACGCAGGAUUACAAACUGUUCUAACCAGCUUGCGGAGACUAUCAGAGGUCACAAAGAGAAAGGAAAAAUAUAUGAAAAUAACAACAAGAGAUGUGGAAAAAUAAUAAGAAAGGACUGGAUAGUACUGUGAACAUCAUAAGGUUAGAUUUGUGGACAUUAAAACAGCAAGAAGUUGAUUGGAUCCCUUCGGAACUUGAAAUAUGGGUACCCCCAACAAAAAUUUAAAAUUCGGCUGUGUAAUUUGGAAUUUAUGUAAUUUGGUUUGAUUUGAUGUGAUUGGUCGGUUAAUAAAAAAUUAUUCUUAAAACAAAAAAGAACGUAUAAUCUUUCACUGUUCUAGCUUAAAUCAGCACUUUAUUCAGAAUCAUAAAGGUUGGGGGGAACGUUUGCGCAUAGUUAAACUGUGGGCCUCAUUCCCACAGGAUGUAGUAGUAGUAGUAAUAAUAAUAGUAAUAAUAAUAAUAAUAAUAAAAUUAUUUAUACCCCGCCCUCCCCAGCCAAGACCAGGCUCAGGGCAGCUAACACCAAACAUAAAAUACAGUUUAAAAAACAAACAAAAACAAUUGAUUAAAAUACAGCUUAAAAUGCAGCCUUGUUUUACUGGUGGCCCAUAAAUCAAGACCAUAAUGGGAGGAAACAUCAAAUAUUCACCAGGGCCAGCUAUCCUGUUGGUCCUACAUGGGCCAGCAAAGAGCGGAGGGAAUAUUUAUAUACAGGAUCCCAUAUAAGGGGUUCCAUCAAAAAAAAAGAAAGAGGGAGUCAGACUGAGUCCAGACCAAAGGCCUGGCGGAACAGCUCCAUCUUGCAGGUCCUGCAGAAAGAUGUCAAAUCCUGCAGGGCCCUGGUCUCCUGCAACAGAGCUUUCCACCAGGUCCGGGCCAGUGCUGAAAAGGCCUUUGCCGUGGUUGAGGCCAAUCUAACCUCCUUGAGGCCCGGGACCUCCAAAGUGUUGUUAUUUAUGGACCGUAAGGUCCUCCGUGGGGCAUACCAGGAGAGGCAGUCCUGUAGGUACGAGGUCCUAGUGAUGAUGGCCGCCAACUUGGAUGGCUUUAAAAGAGGAUUUUAAGAGAGGGUGGCUUUUAAAAGAGGAUUGAAUAAAUUCAUGGACAGGCAUGCCACCAUGCCACUGCGAUUGAGGGGGCCGGGCGACGUCAUACAUGCACACUGCGGGGUGCAAGGACAUGUCAUGCGGAUGCCACAUGGCUUGCAUGCUUGGCACAAGCAUAGCCCACAGCAUGUGGGCACAGACACUGCUGAACUUUGAGGGGGCCUGGCAUGCCUGCUCAUGGAGGAUAAAGCUAUCAGUUGCUACAAGCCAUGAAGGCUAUGUUGCGCCUCUACUAUCAUAGGCAGUAAUGCUUCUGAAUUUAGCUGCUAUUUUCCAAAAGAGGCAUCUGGUUGGCCACUGUGAGAACAGAAUGCAGGACUAGAUGGGUCAUUGGCCUGAUACAGCUGGACUCUUCUUAUAUACUUAUAAAGCAGUAGUUCUCAAACUUUUUUUUCCUCUGGGCCACACUGUCAAGGUAAAAAUUUGCUCACACCACACUGAUUUUUUUUUUUUUUAAUUAAUAAGAACUACAUUGGAAAAGGGAUACAGGUGGUGCUGUGGGUUAAACCACAGAGCCUAGGACUUGCCGAUCAGAAGGUCGGCGGUUCGAAUCCCCACGACGGGGUGAGCUCCCAUUGCUCGGUCCCUGCUCCUGCCAACCUAGAAGUUCGAUAGCACGUCAAAGUGCAAGUAGAUAAUAGGUACCACUCUGGCGGGAAGGUAAGCGGCAUUUCUGUGUGCUGCUCUGGUUCGCCAGAAGCGACUUAGUCAUGCUGGCCACAUGACCCAGAAGCUGUACGCCAGCUCCCUCGGCCAAUAAAGCGAGAUGAGCGCCACAACCCCAGAGUCGGUCACGACUGGACCUAAUGGUCAGGGGUCCCUUUACCUUUACAUUGGAAAACAAAACAAAAAAGCUCCUAGAAGUGCUUGAUUAAUAACAUAGAACACAACUACAGUGAUACCUCGGUUUAAGAACAGUCCUGUUAAAGAAUGAUUCAGUUUACAAACUCCACAAAACCGUAAGUAGUGUCCCAGUUUGUGUACUUUACCUCGGUCUAAGAACAGAAUCCAAACGGUGGAAGGGCACCUGCUGCGGGAGGCCUCACUAGGGAAGCUCGCCUCAGUUUAAGAACGGACGUCCGGAACGGAUUAGGUUCGUAAACCGAAGUACCACUGUACUUUAGAAUGUGAUCAUGGGACAUCCCUGGUUCGAUUCCCAGCAUGGCCUGGUAGCGCUGGGAAUACAGGGCUGGGAGCAGCACCAGUGAUGCAAUGGAGAGGGCAGGGAGCCCCCCUCCCACUCAUGCAAUUCCAAGGGACGGGGUGGUGGUAGUGGACAACAUUGGAAGCAGCCUUCUCAGUGGAUUUCUAAUUUCUUUUCAUGUUUAAGUUUUUGUUGACAAGAAGGAGGCAAAUGCUCUAUUGCACCGACAUAAGAGGCACAAUACUGGCUUACUGGAAGAAAUUCUGCAAGGAAACCUUGAGCGCGAAUGUAUUGAGGAAGUAUGUGAUUAUGAGGAAGCAAGAGAAGUCUUUGAAGACGACUUGCAAACGGUAAUUGUGAGAUCUCAAAUGCUGGUCACUGAGUGCUUUGGCGAAUGAGCAGGUGGGUGGGUGGGAAUGUUAGUAAUGUUCUUUACUAAACGCAACUAGGACCACAUCCACAGCAGGGACUUGAAGCACCAGGACAGCCCCUUAACAGUCAUGGCUUUCCCCCAAAGCAUUCUGGGAACUGUGGUUUGGGAAGGGUGCUGAGAGUUGUUAGGAGGCUCCUGUUCCCCUCCCAGAGCUCCAGUUCCCAGAAUUCCCUGGAAGAGGGAUUGAUUGUUAAACUACUCUGGGACAUAUUUCAGAAAAGAUGGGCAGUGCUGACCUAUGGUGUGAACCUGCCAAAAUGCUUGUGAAAUGCCUGGAUGUCAAUAUUAAAGUAAUACGAAUGUUCUAUAAACCUGUUUGCUGUUUAUCUGCCUGCAUUUACCAUUGAGGUUAAUGUUAAUAAUUUUUCUUGUAGAUCACAUUUUGGAAUGCAUACGCUUACGGUAAGCAGUAUCUUUUUGUCUGACUUUGGUUACGUUCACCAACCCGGCUGCCUUCACCCACCAAAUGCCUUCACUAACCAGAUGGUUUGGACACCAACUUCCAUCAGUCGCAGCUGGCAUGGUGUGGGGCCAAUGAGUUUUUUGGUCCACAGUUUCUGGAGCGAACCAGGCUAACACAGGCUGCCACAGUAUUCUGUGUUCAUCAAACAGCAGCCCACAGACCACUGAACUGUUCUAUCUAUUACAUGGAAGAAGCUUGGGUCUUUAGUAUUACACUGAAUAUGCCUAGCAUCACACUGAAUUUCAACAAUGAUAGCUACAAUCUCCCAUGGAUUUGCUUUGAAUUAUUUUUGACAAUAGGUGGAGACAGGUAGUCCCCAGUCUUGGUUGCAAACUACAGCAAAGACUGAAGCAUAUGCAGCCACUCAUCCCUUGAACAGUGGUGAAAGGAAGGGGUGCGGUGGGUGCGGGCCGCCCCGGGUGUCAUCACUGAGGGGGGUGACAAAAAUACGAGUUUUAAAAAUUUGGACUCACAAAACUUUUAGUUCAGUCAAGAAACAUAAUAAAAUGCAGCUGGCACUGGGUGCCACACCGCAGGGGCUGGCAUUUACCAGGGGGCCGGCAGCCAUACAAUACGAUAUGAUAAUCUUUAUUGUCAUUGUCCCAUACAGAACAACAAAAUUGGGGGGGGGGGAAUCUACAUAAGACAUUCAAAACCCAACAAGCCUGCUGUCCCAGCUAUCCCAACCUAGUUAGCCCCCUAAAAAGUCUGAUACCCCAUUUUAAAAAUACAAUACACUCCCAUAGAGACUCCUUACACUGCAUUUAAAACUAAAAUCACAUUUGGAUAGAAACUGUUUCUCAGGCGGCUAGUCCUAGUCUUUAUAAUCCUGUAACUUCUUCCAGAAGGCAAAAGCUGAAAGAGAUCAUUUCCAGGGUGUGCACUAUCCUGUGCUAUCUCCGCAGCUUUCUUAUGGCACCUGGAAGCAUAGAUUUGAUCCAAGGUGGGAAGAGUACACUCUCCUGGGAGUGAUGUGGUGGCUUGGGCGCCUGCAGGCUCUGUGCUGCCUGAAACAGCAGCAUGGGGCUUGCAUCUCCCCGCUGCCUCUCCCUCAGCUGAGGGGCAGCGACGGAGAGGCUCCAAGCAACACACCCCGCCCCCAUGGGUGGCUCGUGCCACACUGGGCACCUAAGCAGCUAGCUACGCCACUGCCCUUGAAACUAUAAGGGUUCAUAGACUCUGAUUCUGCUAGAUUCCUCCAUUGAUGUCCCUAUUCCCCAGAUUUGUUUACCAGAGCAGAGGUUCCUUUGAUUAAUGAGAAGUUUAAGCCCAUCACUAAACCAUAAUUUAGCAUGACAUGAGUGAAGCAGCUUGAACCUAGAGCUCUUAUGCUCUCCUCUCUUCUCCUUCGAAGAGGAGGGGACUGGAAGAAUCUGCUUGCUGGUUUAAACUGACCAGAGUUUCUCAUUGCAUCCAAACAAGAAAUGACAAUUAGUUUAAACUCUGCUUUGCUGAAAAAAGCCAGAUACUAUACCACAGUUUUAUUUCUGACUUGUUUUUAAUAAUAAGGCAUCAUUUAAGCCAACCACAGCUAUCUCUUUUUUUGGAUGUGACAUUAAACCAUAGCUAGCAUUAAGCAAGGGAGUGCAUACUUCCAAUGUCCUCUUUGCAGUGGGGGUGGAGGAGAAGGUGGGGGUGGGGCAUGCUGCUCCUGACUCACUGCCCUGCGUUUUCUUUUAUCUUUUGCUUCUGCGGUAAAAGGCAUUGAUAGCCAUUUGUAGAUCACAAUAUGUCUCAUGAAUAUCCUUAGUUACAGUUACAAUUGAAUCUUUAUUUCCAAGGUGGCGAGGGAUGCAAGUCAAGGCCAUGCAUGAAUGGUGGAACAUGUCAAUGCAAACCCAGUGACUACCAAUGUCAGUGCCUAGAUGGAUAUGAAGGAAGGAACUGUGAGAUUGGUAUGUUAAUGGGGAAUGGGUGCUCAGUUGCCUGGAACCACGAAUAAACCACUGAGCCUCUUGGGUUUGCUGAUCGGAAAGUUGGCGGUUGGAAUCUGCACAAUAGAGUGAGCUCCCGUUACUCUGUCCCAGCUCCUGCCAACCUAGCGGUUCGAAAGCACGCCAGUGCAAGUAGAUAAAUAGGUACCGCUGUGGCAGGAAGGUAAACGGUGUUUCCAUGCACUCUGGUUUCCAUCACAGUGUUCCGUUGUGCCAGAAGCGGUUUAGUCAUGCUGGCCACAUGACCCAGAAAACUAACUGUGGACAAACGCCGGCUCCCUCGGCCUGAAAGCGAGAUGAGCACCGCAACCCCAUAGUCGCCUUUGACUGCACCUAACCGUCCAGGGGUCCUUUACCUUUACCUUUACCUUUGGUAAUAAUAAUAAUAGCAACCUAAGCAAGUUAAGGUGUUCUUUUUUAAGUAGGGCUGUAACAACACACUAGAAAGCGAACAGCAAUGCUAAAAGGUGGACCUCUCCUGGGUGGCUGUUUCAUAUUUGAAGUGCCACAAGGAGGAAUUGUUCUGCAUGCUCCAAAGCCGAGUAUUUGGGGACACUGAAAACAACAGGUGCUUCAGUUUCAAGAGAAUGGUGUGCAAGUUCUUCUACGCUCAAUGGAACUUAAAACAACAACGUACAGUAAGCCAUUCCAAAAGAAGUUAUUGGAGCAUUCCAAAUCAUUUGCCCACAGAAAAGAGUAGAUCCAUCUGAAAGGCAAUACAUGGCUAUCUGCACUGAUCAUUUUGCAAUGCAUCCCUAAUUAUUAUCAUUGUAUAAUUAUAAGAUUAUUGUAUAGUCUUAGAAUAUGGUAUAAUCUUAGAAGGGGGUGUGACUCUGAGGGGCAGGGUGUGACUAUCACAAAGGGACCAUACGCUUCUCAAUUUGCCGCUAUACUACAGGCUGUGGAUCUGUGCCAAUGAUAUCAUCAGCAUAAGACAAUUUUUUAGAUCUCAAUGAUAUGAUGAUGCAAUAAAGUUGAGGAGGAGUGGGGUGUUCUUUUGCAGUAAGAGUCUGAUCCAGUACCUAUGAUACCUGUAAACUGUGGUUUUAGACCUUACUGACUCAAUCUGAAUUCCCACAAUCUUGGGUUAUCAAAGUCUCUUAAAGCAUUGUCCACAAAUAAAGUGUUUGCUCUUCUGAUGUUGUUGGACUCUAACUCCCAUCGGCUACACUGGCCAGAGGUGAUGAGUUCCACAGUGCCUUGAGGGCACCACACUGACUAGCCCUAAAUUACAGGGUUGUUGUGAGGUUAAAACUGAGGAGGAGGAACCAUGUAUGUUGCCUUGAGCCAACAGAAUGAAAUGCAAGUUUUAAAUGGAGAUCAUGAGAUUACCAUGCCAGUGUGAACCAAAUCAAAAAUGUGGUUGAUUUGGGGGCAUCCUUGUUGCAUCUGUUUCAUGCCACAACUAUGUUCUUGUAUUUUGGCAAGUUUCAAGUAAAAUUUAAUUUAAUUUCAACCCCCCCCCCCCCAAUCAGACCUUACAUGCUCAGCGAAGAAUGGAGGUUGCAAGCAGAUAUGUGAGAAUGGCCCUACAGGGAAGGCAGUCUGUUCCUGUGCUCCUGGGUACAGACUGAUGGAAGACCAGAAGAGCUGUGAACCAACAGGUAAAAGAUUUGAGCACUGUUUAGUAAUGUUUGACCUGUGAAUCUUCUACCCUUUUAGCAGAAUAAAACUCCAAACCUGGUGGGAACAGGUUCCAUUGAAAUAAAAGGUUCUUCCCUCCCAGGUGAGGGAUUUGUUUGCAGACUAUCCAAAUCUGGGUGGAAUGGGUACUAGCCAGUAGCUACCUGCAGUUGUCAUACCAGAAGGUUUGCUAGUCAGUUGCAUCUGGGAUGGGAUGGGAUGGGAUGGGGAGGAGGCUUUACUUUUUCCUGCCUCUUCAUGAAGUGCUAAAGAAGCCUUAAAAAAACAAGUGAGAAGUCGGGGGGGGAUGUUUCUUAGAUCUCAGGCUGAUGUACUAUUUUGCUAUUAAUUAUAUUUUUGUCUUGGUAUGUGAAAUAUACUCGGAGUCGAGAGUGGAUUUCAUGCUCUUUGUUCAGCUCAUAGUGGUGAGGAGGAAAAAUGGAAGUUCCCCCACAAUAUCAGCUUUAUAUACAAUAUUUACACAAUGGGCUGCACAUGAUUGGCUAAUUCCAGGAUUCUCCUGUAGGCCAAUCAGGUUGUGGAUUCACUUCCACCUGGAGCUGGAUUGGGUGGCUCCUGCGGACCAAUCAUACUGCUGCAUUCUGAAUCCUAUUGUUCUAGGACCAAUCAGACUGCUGCAUUUUGGAUCCUAUUCAACUCAGUACAUAACAGUAUGUUUAUCAUUAAACUUUCGUAUGAAUUGCUAGUGAGUUGCUCAGUCUUGGUGGUAUGCAGUAUACUGUAAUGUGAGACAGCCUGUGGUAAUGUUGAGUCUGUGCUUAUUUUAAAUCUUGCUGAUACGUUCCAACUGCAAUGUGCUGCAAUGGAUUUCCUUACUACUGGGUUCUUUUCUGGCAUUGUUGUGAGCUGCUUUGGUUCAUAGCUGCAUGGUAGAACACCUGCCUUGCAUUCAAAAGGUACCAGCUUCAAUCUGUGGUAUAUCCUACUAUGUCUCAGUCAGUGGAGGCAAUCCUGAACCCAAUGGACAAAUGGAGAAAGGCCCUAGCUCGGUGGCUGAGCACCUGUGAUGCAUGCAAAAGUCCUAUGUUCAUUCCCCAUCGUGUCCCAGGAGUGCUGGAAAUGCCUCCUGUCUUAUUUCCUGGAGUGCUGUUGCCAGUCAAUAUGGAACUGAUCCAAUGGUCCAAUUUGACAUAAAGCACCUUCUUAAGUUUAUGGCUUACCCUUGAAAAGCGGACACACAAAUGAGCCGAUGAUGCUUGCAGCAGCAGCCUCACAUCAAGGAAAGGCUAAUCCUCAAAUUCUGGCAGGUGCACUUGUGCACCGGAGCCUACUUUCCAGCGCAUGAGUGAUUUUGUAGUUUCUCCACAGUGCCCUUUCCAUGCGGGAGGAUUGGAGCUCCAGAGGCACUGAACAACAGAAGCAGCAAUGCUACCAAUGACCCCAGAGACAUGUCUGUCAAUAAAGCCCAGAUUCCUCUCGUGGAACCAACGCCUCCCAGGCCAAUCAGCACAAACAGCAGGAAGGGGGAAGUUCCAUGGCAGGUAAUGCAACAAGAGUUCGCUGUUUUGCAAAUGUGGUAGUUAUAGAAGGCCCCCAUCAAGCAAUCUACAGGAGAACCAUUCCCUCUAGUUAAAGGGGUGGGAAACAUUUUUCAGUCUCAGGGCCACAUUCCCUUCUGGGCAAUCGUCUGGGAACCGCAUGACAAUGGUAAAAGGAGUUUGGAUUACUGCAAUGCAUUAUACAUGGAGCUGCCCCUGAAGACAGUUCGGAAACUUCAGCUGGUGCAGAAUUCAAUGGCUCACCAGAACAAGACAGUUAGUUUCCAGGUCAAAUUCAAAGUACUGGUGUUCACUUAUAAAGCCUUAAACGAAUCAGGACUCCUAUACCACAAUGACCACCUCUCUCUGUAUGAACCAGCCCAGACCCCAAGAUCAUUCUCUGAAGCCCUUCUUCAUAUGCCUCUUCCAUGAGAGGUCUGGAGGGUGGCAACAUGAGAACAGGCCUUUUCUGCAGUGGCUCCCCAUCUGUGGAAUGCUUUCCCCAAGGAGGUUCCGCUAGUGCCUUCAUUAUACACAUUUAGGUGCCUGGCAAAACAUUAAUCAGGCCUUUGGCCAUUAAAUACUCCAUGGCGUGUUAAAGUUGUGAGGUGAGGGAGACUGAUACUAUAAUCAUUAUGUUAUUAUUAUGCUAUCUAUUACUAUGCUUUUUAUUUUUGCUUUAAUUAUGCUCCAUGAAAUGUGUUCUUAAUGUUGUACACCGCCCCGGGACCUUUUGAUGAAGGGUGGUAUAGAAAUUGAAAUCCAAGUUAGUGCCUAUGUAAGACCAGUUGAAUUUUUCAAAUUCCAAAAAUGAUGGGUGCUAAAAAGUUGUAACAUGACUUUGGAAUUCAAAGGUUAUUUUGGUUAAAUUAAUAUAAUUUAGUUUUGCCUGGCAAGUAAAAUGUGUGUAAAAUUGCAUAGAAAUCAUUAAAAUGAUUGCCAAAUACUUGCAGUAAAUUGUUGCUGUUGUUUAGCAUUACCUGACAUUUUCAGAAGGUCAGAUUAAAAUUCUUUGGUUUUCUGAAAGCAGUUUAUGUUCUUCUUCCUCAAAUGUAGACUUGCCCAGUCACAAAAAUAACAGCAGAAUUGAAUUCCUCACACCCAAAAAUGUAUUUUUCAGACACCUCACUGAAGAAAUUGGCAAAAAUUAAGUUUCCCUACCUAAAAUGACAUACCCUACCAUCACAGCCUCUUGCGGGAGAGAAUUCUACAUUUUAACUAAAUUACUUCACUUUACUGCCAGGCAAAUCUGCAUAGGAUUGUAUCCUGAAACAUUCACUCAAGCCUCCCUGAUUCUUCAUUUCUAUGCAAUUAGGCAUAAGUAAAUACACUUUACCUGCUACUGUAUUUCUCUCUGUUGUUGUUUUUUUUAUAUUAAAAAAAAGUCUUUUGUUUGGGUUCUCUUCCAUUUCUUCUUUGCAAAUUUCAGCGCGCUGCUGCACCAUCCAGCCUUUGCUGCCCUCUAGAGGCAGCUGCCAUUAACACUACCAUUGGGCUGUAACUGCAUAUGUACUUUAAGGGGUCGAUCCUGUUCUCAUACUGUUUCCUUCGCUCGCAGGUUUAUAUGCUCAGCUACGAGAGAAAAGAACUGUGUGGAGGCACGAUCAUCAAUGAGCAGUGGAUUGCCACCGCAGCACACUGCAUCGAGUAUGGGCUACACACUGUUGUGGCAGGUAAGUGAUAAAACAACUUUGAGGUGUGGCUGGAAUUACCUUUGGCUUCAUUUUUGCCUAGAGUCUCAGUAGGGCUGGUAGAAUGAUAAAGCUGGAUACAGGUUUAUUAGGGGCCUUAUUCUGUUCCUAGACUUUGGGGUGGGGUGGAGAGAAUGCCAUUGAGCAUGUACAAAGUACAUUCCCUUUCCAUGGGAUCAUUAUUUAUGUCCAUCUAUUUAUUUUCCUUUAACAAUGUUAAUGUGCCAUUUGAUUGUAAGACAACCUCUAAGCAGCCCAUAAAAAUCUUAUCAAAAAUUGUUGAUAAGAAACAGAUAACUUAAAAUAUUCAAAAGACAAUAAAACUUGAACCAACAGCUUCAAGAUACAAGAAAUGAGGUUCUGACUAAACAUACAGAAAAAACAACUUCUGACAGUAAGAGAUGCUUGACAGUGAAACAGUCUCCCUCAGGAAGUUGUGGCCUCUCCUUCCUUGGAGGCUUUUAAGCAGAGGUUGAGUGGCCAUCUGUAAUGGAUGCUUUAGCUGAGAUUUGCAGGGGGCUGGACUGGAUGACCCUCAGGGUCCCUUCCAACUCUCCUAUUCUAUGAUCCUAAUCAACAGUAGCUGAAAAGAAAUAAGUAUCUUAGAUUAUAAAUAUGUUGCAUCCAGUCCAUUAGCCUGAGGCUGAUUUACUGAAGAACAGAAUUAAUAUAUCCAUGCUCUCCAGUUGCUUGAAAACAAAGAACUCACACAACCAAGAUGGAUGCCCACAGAUUAGCAUAUACACAGACCUGUAAUAGUAUCUCUUUCAUGUGACUGAGCCAGCAGAUAUACAGUCCACUCUAAUGAUUAACCUGUUAGGCUGCUCUUCAGCAGAAAUAUACAUGCAAUGCUUCACAGUUCAACACAGACACGACACAUUGUAGAGUUAUUUUUUCCAUUUCAGUGUAUAUUGUAUACUUAACACUGGUGCCUUGAGUUCAGUGCUGGACUCGUUGCUUUAAUCUGACACAGCCUGGAGCAUGCUGUGUUGACAACUAAGUGUAUGUCCAGAAUGCCAAAUUUCCCGUUUAAAGAACCUGUGUGUAUCCAAUGGCUCUUUUAUCAUCAGGUGAGCACAAUACGGAGGCUUUUGACCGCACUGAACAACAACGUCGGGUGGUGAAGGCGAUUCGCUACCCCGCAUACAACACUACCCACAGGUACCACAAUGACAUUGCACUUCUUGAGCUGGAUUCACCGCUGGAGCUGAACUAUUACGUCACCCCAAUUUGCAUCGCAGGCGAGAAGUUCACAAACAACCUUCUGCAGCAUGGAUCAGGCACGGUGAGCGGUUGGUGGAGGCCAAAGGACCAACGAAAAAGAGCCAGUGUUCUCCAGGUUCUGAACGUGCACCGUGUUGACCAGAGCACUUGUCAGAGGGAUGGCGAGUCUACCCUCUUGCCAAACAUGUUCUGUGCUGGUGUCUCUGCCACAGCUAAGAGAACGCACCAGGGAGGCAGUGGCGGCCCUUAUGCCACAGACGUGGAAGGCACCUGGUUCCUAACAGCCAUAGCCAGCUGCUGGGAAGAAUGUGCAUUGAAGGGCGAUUAUGAUGUCUACACUGAAGUUGCAGACUACGUUCAGUGGAUAAGAAACACAACAAAGCUUGCAUAAUUAAGCCAGGGGCUAGAUGACUUCAGUUCCUUAAAAUAAUCAUCUCAUGGUAGUGUAAGGUGGGGGGGGGGGAUAUACUCAUCCUAAGGCAUUGUUCUGAAUUUGUUUUCUAGAAUUAAAAACAAAGAAGCAUAGGAAUUGUUGUCCAGAAGAGUAAGGAAAGGUAAAAGGUAGUAGAAGGCCAAUAUUUAGUAUCACAAGCCACACCAUUGUAAAACAAAGCUCUGUAAAGUACUUUGGGAACUUAGCAUUUUAAUGCACUUACCAUGCUAUCAGCACUUUGUGCAUUUAUUAUGUGUAUCAGAAUGAAGUGCCAUAAAACCACAAAUAAAUUACCGCAUUAAAAACAGCACCAUUUUG